CCAGCAGAGCAGCGAGCCCAGUAAUGUCAAACAAUGAAACCACUGGUGCGUCUCCGGCUCUGCCACUUGUCAUCACAGCAGACGAGGACGAGGCCUUAGAGGCCAACUUAAAAUCCCUCAUCCGCUCCUCUCGUUUAAAAACCAGAGGAUGACCUUAAACAAGAAGCCCACCUCACCUGCACUGCAUUUAUCCCAAACACAGGAAUAUAGACUAUUAACAAUAUGCUGUUUAUAAGUCUUUAAAAAAAAGGGCUGAGAUUGGGAAUCGAGCCCAGUACGUUUCAGCAGGGAAGACAAUGCCCUGUCGACAAGAACCUGCCCCCUUUCUUUAACACAGCAUCAGUGACAAAAAGGGAUGAACCAGAGGAAGAUUAAGUCGCAAGUAGCCGCCAAUCUGUCAGAAUAGUGCCGUAUAUCUCUCCACACCGGGCCUCUUACCAAUCUCCUCAUUUAGCGGAGCUAGCCGCCGCACCUGUCCCGUGUCUGCGCAGCUGUUGAUUGCUGGAAGGCGAGCAGAUGAGCAGGUGCGCCCACUUUGCAUAAUUGGGUCCGUCAACUGGUAUCGAUGGUUCAAGGACUUUUUUGAUUGGAGCAUCGACAGCACACGUGGCCGGUCAUUUGAAGAAUGUGUCUCAUCACCUAGCAUCCCUAAGCAACACGUUGGGAUCGAUGUAUCUUUCAUGUACAAACCCAAAACAUCACCUUGACCUUCUGCAACGGACUGGGAUCGUGAGCGGCUCCUCUCUGCAGCAUCAUCGCGCUCCUCCUCGCCUCGAAGUGCGUCCGGACACUUUUGGUUUUUCCUUCUCCUCUUCGCAGAAUUCUCAAAACGUAAAUGACGCGUUCGGCCAUGGAGAUCGCUGUGGACCGAGGCUCCUGCGUCUUCCUUCAUUGGAAAGACACCGACUACAGGGACGUAUAGCCCUACCGUCCCCCGCCGCCGGUAUCCCUCUGUACUUCACCGGGAACACCGUCACAGCUGCUCGUCGCAGGGCGCUCGGUGCCUCCGUGUCGUUGGUCUCCAUCGCACCUAAAUCCGUUUUUUGUAGAAAUUGAACCACAUCGGAAAGUUACCUACAAAACAAGAAGGAUACAAAAUUCAAGACAUCCACCAUUUCUGAGGAGUUCCCCCAGCCUUUGCUUGACGCUCGUGGAAGACUCACAAUCCACCUCGUGUAGCAAGGAGAGCUCCCUCCGCAGGCAUCCCGGCUUCCCCCACAAUGAGCUGCCAAUGUUGACUCACCGCCAAACCCACUGUCUUUCUCUCCCGGGUCCGGGGAUCUUCUAGAGGGCCGGGCCCCUCCCGACUACCAUGAGAGGGUUGGGGGCCAACCGCCACCGGCACCUGUCCGACUCCUGCGAUCCGGCACUGGGGCACCCGGAAGCCAUGUACCCCCAAUCCCACCAGACCAGCACCCUGCCGCGCAGCCCCUACCUCCUCAGCCCCGCCACCAUGGACCACUACGGCACCAUGGACCCCCACCACUACACCGCGGGCAACCCCGUCUCCCUGCCCUCGGACCUCAUGCUGCCGCUCAACAACCAGCUGUCCAACAGCAGCACCUUCCCCCGCAUCCACUACAACUCGUACGACCAGUCCGACUUCUCGCCGCCCGGCGGGGACAACAUCGGCGGGAUCAGCACGGGCACCCUGGGCACCUCCAUGUCCAUGGGCAUGGGGAUGGCCAGCAUGGCGGGCAUGGGCGGACGGACGGCCCUGAUCAACAGCGGCUCGGCCACCAUCUCGCACCACCACCACGCGUCCAAGAACCAGGCACCGACCGCCAACAUGCUGGAGCAGUUUGAGAACCAGCUGCCGGGCGGCCGCGACGGCUUCAGCACGCUGCAGUACCACCGGGCGUCCGCCGCCGCCGUCGCCGCCGACGCCAAACAGCGCACCGACAGCCCCGGGCGCAUCCGCUACAUGCUGCACUCGGUGCAGAAGCUCUUCGCCAAGUCCCAGUCGCUGGAGGGCCAGCACAUGAAGGGCAACGUCAACGGGCGCUCGGGCGGCAGCGGGGGCACCUCCUCGGGCACGGAGGACGGCAGCAAGCAGGGCCGGCGCUCCAAGAGCAAAGACCGGGGCACCAAGUCGGAGGGCCAGGCCAAGCGGCGGCCGCGCUCCAACAUGUCGGGCUACUGGAGCUCCGACGACCUGGACAGCAGCGACCUGAGCAACUACCGCAACCCCGUGGCCAUGAUGACGGUGGGCCGCGCCUCGGGCCACGACAGCCAGCCGGCCCAAAACCGCUACAUCCACAGCGGCUACAACACCAUCAGCUCCUCCAAGAGCACCCAGGAGAUGCGCUACCCGGCCCUCUCCGUGGCCGUGGGCGGAGGUGGAGGAGGAGGAGGAGGAGGGGGUGGGGGUGGGGGCGGAGGCGGAGGGGGGGGAGGUGGAUCGCUGGGGAUACACGACAGUGACUUCAUGAAAGGGAACUCCUGGUCCACGAUGACCAUGGGCCAGCCCAGGCAGGUCCUCCCCCCCUCCUCCAAGAUCUCGGCCACCCUUGACCGAUCCAUGCUCAAGUCCAAGUCCUGCCAGCCAGAGCUUACGGGAAACUAUCUGCAGGUGGGUCGAAGGGGAGACUGGAGCAGCACCCUGGGCCGGGUGGGCGGGGCCCAGGAGAUCCCGUGUCGACGCAUGCGUAGCGGCAGCUACGUGAAGGCCAUGGGCGACAUGGAGGAAAGCGACGACUCAGACGGAAGCCCCAAACCGUCGCCCAAAUCCACCGCCCGCCGCCAGAGUUACCUCAGGGCCACCCAGCAGUCUCUGAGUGACCAACAUCCUCCGCGCAACCGAACCUUGGAUUACAGCAUGUUGCAGGGGGAGCUGGACGCCCUGUGGUCUCCCCUCCACAGUGUGUCCUCUCGCCACCAUCUGGCCAGGUCAAUGAGCAGCUGUCUUCCGUCUCUCAGCGAGCUCUCCAACAACCGCAGCCUGGACAACCUGGACUGCAUCGGGGGCCCGGGCUCCUCCUUCCCCCGGUGGGAUGACGACGACUUCAGCCAGGCCUGCAGCACCCUGGGCCGGGGCAGCUGCCUGGGACAGCUACGGGACCUGGAGAUGAGCCCGCGCUACGAGGACCGCAGCUCCGACUCCACGUACCGGGACUCGCGCCCGCCCUCUCAGGACCAGCCGGAGCCCCCCGACCUGCCCAUGCCCACGUGCUUCCGCUCGCGCAGCCACAGCUACCUGAGGGCCAUCCAGGCCGGCUGCUCCCAGGACGACGACACGGCGUCGCUGGACUCGGGGUCGCCGCCGCCCACCGCCACCACAGUCCACACCUACAGCACCAGCACUGUCUCCACGUGUAUCACCACCAGUAAGCGGACGGCCCCGCCGCCGGUGCCCCCCCGCACCACCUCCAAGCCCUACAGCUCGGUGACGGUGCAGAGCAGCACCGAGUCGGCGCAGGAGGACACCUACCUGCAGGACCUGCAGGACCGGCGCUCGGAGGCCACCAGCCAGUCCAGCCACGCCCACAGCAACUCGUCCGACAGCCUGGACAGCAGCCACGCCAACAGCCUGGCCCGCGGCAUCCCGCGGCCCCUGCAGACCAUCACCGCUGUCCCCGUGGCCCUCGCCCGCGAGCCCUACGCCUCGGCCAUCCUCGGCGCCAUCGGCGCUGCCGCCGCCAACGCCAACGCGUGCACCGACACCAACGACGCGCGGUCGCACUCGCACGCACACUCACACGCGCGCGCCCACUCGCACGCCUCCACCGCCGUGCAGCACGACCUCCCUCCCCUGCGGACGGGAGGCGGAGGCGGUAAGGGAGGACUGCUGGGGGAGGAGCCUCUGGUGGCGCCGAUGCCCAGGAGGAAGCUGUCCUCCAUAGGGAUACAGGUGGACUGUAUUCAGGAGGUCCAGCGAGAGGACUCUCCGCAGCUGGCCCGGUUUCAGUCCAUCGGUGUACAGGUGGAGGACGGCUGGCAGGUCGGCCACUCCGGCAGUAUGGCCUCCAAGCAGGACUCUGAACCCACGCCGGACCUGCCCUCGGCCGCCGCCGCCAUCCUGACCUCCAGCAACGGCCGGGCCGCCGAGAGGAAGGUCAUGGUGAACAGCGCCAGCCAGUCCACCGACUCCCAACGCGGGGGGAGCACCUCGCUGGACAACGGCGAGGGCCUCGGAGACACCACCACCACCACCACCGCCAGCGCCACCGCCGCCGCCACCACCUCCUGCUCCACCUCGCCUCCGCCCCCGCCGCGGCAGAUCCUGAACCGCUCCACCACGCGCAGCAGCUCGGACUCGUUCUCCGAGAGCAUGGACCCCGCCCUGGACCCCUCGUCCCUGCCGCCGCCGGACCCCUGGCUGGAGAGUGUGAGCGUUGGGGUCGGGGGAAGAGGAGGAGGAGGAGGAGGUGCUGGUGGCGGUUCCGGGGGUGGGGGGACGCUGUGCAGGAGAGACGGCCACUGGUUCCUGAAGCUGCUGCAGGCGGAGUCGGGCCGCAUGGAGGGCUGGUGCCAGCAGAUGGAGCUGGAGACCAAAGAGAACCAGAUCUCAGAGGAAGUGCUGGGGAAGGUCCGUAGCGCGGUGGGGAGUGCCCAGCUCCUCAUGACCCAGAAGUUCCAACAGUUCCGGGGGCUGUGUGACCAGAACUUGAAUGUGAGCGCCAACCCGCGGCCCAGCCCCCAGGACCUGGCAGGCUUCUGGGACCUGCUCCAGCUCUCCAUCGAGGACAUCAGCCUCAAGUUCGACGAGCUUUACCACCUCAAGUCCAACGACUGGCAGCCGGCGACCGGCUCCGCCUCCUCCACCGCCGCCGCCGCCUCCGCCGCCGCUGCUGCUGCCACAUCCGCCCUCUCGUCCCCUGAGCGGAAGGACCAGGAGACGGGCAAGAAGCCCGCUAAGGGGCGACCGGCACUGGGCCGCGAGAAGAGCGUGGACUCGUCGUCCGCCUCGUCGGUGGAGAAGCAGCGGCAGGAGGCCCGCAAGCGCCUGCUGGCCGCCAAGAAGGCUGCAUCGUUCCGCCAGAACUCGGCCACCGAGAGCGCUGACAGCAUAGAGAUCUACGUCCCGGAGGCCCAGACCAGACUAUGAGGGAACCCCCCCACCAGGGAGAGGGAGAAGGGUGCGGAGGAGGCCGUCAUCCAUGGUGAUGCUCUUAUCUCAGGAGUUAAGAGGAUCGUCAAUGGAAGUUCUUCCCGGCGCCUGGAGAAGAAACCAAACGGGAAAAAAAAGAUGGAGAGAAAAAAAAUUAACAGAAAACAAAACGCUGCAGGGAUAUUGAGUUUGGGGGUCUGGGUGGUCCAAGUGUGUUUAAAAUGUGGACACCCACACAGUUGAGCCCUGAUGACUAUGGGAACUCCCUAGAUCUAACACCUAAAUGACUGAUGACUCACGUUGUUACUUGAUGAUGAACACUUAUUGUUACUACUAUUGAAUAUCAACGAUGAUGAAUAGCGCUGGUAUUAUUAUCUCUCCUAAAGAAACUCUAUUAAGACUGUUUAUAAAUAUUUUAUCUUGGCCAUAAGAUCUACUACUAAUCAGACAGGGGUCAAAUAUGUGUGCUUUUCUGUUUCUCCUCUUCCUGUCUUUCCAAGGCCUUGGCUAUCCUGUAGCUUUGCACAACACCACCUUCUGGCCAUCACAUGAAUUACAUACACAACAGAUACACUAAGCUCAGUCUACUUUGUCUACCGUGUCUUUCUUUGUUAAUUUUCUCACAUUUGGCACGUUUCUAUGUGAAGAACCAUAAUUAUAACUCUGCUUUGCAAUAUGGAACUAAAUUAGUGUUCAGAAUCACGAAAUAGAUUAAUGCUAGGUUUUUUUAAAGGGUGUAUCCUUUCAAAAUAUUUCGAUCCAUGGUUUAAAAUACUAUGGAGGAUACUAGGGCAGAAGAUGUAGGUAUAUAUUGAACAAAAGCAUAUCCUGCUGAAAAUGUGAUGACCAAGCCCAGCGAUCCUAUCAGAAUCUCUGGCUGUAGCCAUGCUUGCGUGUCCUGAGAUUUCCUGGCACUAUGGAAAUAAGCUCCUUCACACCCUCUUGGAUUCCUUUUAAAGUCUUCCUUUUAAAGCAUUCUUUCUUCUCUGUGUGGAGAUGUAUGUUUUGGUGACUUGGAUAUUCAGUAGCAGCACCUUUCCAUCUUUUUGUGAAGCAUACAAUGGGUAAAUGCUUCAAAUCGCUUCACCUUAAGAUUCAUAUUUCAACUGAACCAUAUCACUCAAUCCAAUGCAAAAGUGUGUUGAGAUUGUUUUUCAUUAUAUUACUUUUUAUAAAUGCCAACCCCUAGUGGAAUAUAUAUUGAUAUAUCAUCAAUAUAACAGUAUUCUUAUCACUCUUCAGCAAGAUUAUCAAUUUGCAGUUAAAGUUACUUUUUUGUUAUUAUUUCUGCCAAACAGUUAUUUCAGUUCAGUGAAAGCAUGGCCUGUCUUGGUCAUUGCGCUUUGCCAUCAUUCAUUCAUAUAAGCUUGUUUGUGAAUGGGAAAAUGCCGUAAAGCCAAAGACAAAUUGACAUCUUAAAAUCAAUACAAUAUCAUCAACACCAUUAUUAACUUCAGGCUUCAUUGUUAAGGGUGUGUGUGUGUGUGUGUGUGUGUGUGUGUGUGUGUGUGUGUGUGUGUGCAUUUGUGUGUGUGCGUGUGUGUGUGUGUGUUCUUCAUUCAUGAGUUGAGGCCAAUAAGGGCGUAUCCCACUCUGUCCCAGGUUUGGGUGGCAGCGUUGUAGCACGUUCUUUCCUCAAGCCCCAGCUCUCCAGUGACACUUCCCCCUCCCUCUAUUUAGAUGGCAUUAACAUAUUCUAAAUCUUGAUUGCAGUCACCCAUCCCAAGGGGGGCUGCUGUUGUCAAUGCAACCCCAGGCUAAACCUUUGUUGUUGUUUUUACACUAUCCCACAUAAAACACAAAACAAGUUUAGAGGGUCUGGAGUAUGGGUGAAACGUCUUCCUCUCCAUCUCAAAUGGGCCCAUCCGCACAGUCUGUCAGACAUCCAACCACCACAAGCCCCCAGUGUCAUUGUUGGUGUUGAAUAAGUGCAAUGCGACCCGGUUGGCCCUACGGCGGCUCUAAUGCUCUGCCUCUCACCCACUGUGAUCCAGAAAUGUUGGGCUGGGCUUUGAAUGAGAAAGAGCCAACAACAAGCUGGCUGGCUGUUUCACUCUCUCCUGGUCAGAGCUUUCAGUUGAUGGCCGGUCUUUGUGUGCUGUUGUAUUCGAUGGGGAUGACUCACUAAGGUAAAUGGCUCGGGGGUGUGAAAAUCCUAGCGUCGUUAGCACCUUCAAGAUCUUUUGUCCCGUUUGUCCUCUGUUGUCAGCUCCAAUGGAAUUCCAGAGAAAGCCAUGUCUGUCUGUGUCUGACAAGUUUAACUCCAAUCACUUUAGGUGAGGUGAAUUAUAGUUGUCUGUUUUCUUCACAAAGGCCACAUCAACUGCACAAUGGUGUGAUUUGGGUACAUUGAUUAUAUGAGGUUCAUUUAAUUUUAACCUGAGAAAUAACUUCUUGUAGUUUUGUUGGUUGAAAAAUGGAUAAUCAUGGUCCAUCCUUUGAAUGCAUGUCGAAAAUGUAUCAUGUGUUCAUUGUAAGAAUGCAAACGUUUGUGUUUUUUUUUGGUUUCUAUCUUCUGCAAAUGCAUCUAUUAUAGUGCGCACUGAUCUGAACUAUCACAACAUGGAUGACAAGCAUUGCUGCUCCUAGCCUAAGAAGACUUGAGUGUGAAUGUGAAUGGCAGCCAAGUGACGGAGGCAUAUCUAUUCCUUUAUACAAGGAUCGCAUUGCAAUACACACUUGUCAGCCACAGUCAUGUAUGGGACACACCUGGUCCACUUCCUGGAGAGGUUUAUCCAUGAUCCAAAGGGUUCCAUUGUGUGCUUGUGUUAUUUUCCCAGUGGCUCAUUUGAAGUUGAUAAUGGUCCCGUGAUAGCUCCUUCCGCCUUCGUUCUUUGCUUUCUUUUGUUGGGCAUUUGCUUGCGUUUAAAUGGAAGAUAAGUAAUACUCUAUGUAAAACCAACUGUGGAUCAUGCACAUGGCAGAAACUAAUGUGCACAACAAAAAAAAAAAAAGUGGGGUCAUGUAUUCUUAUGUAGGGCUCAUUGAUAAGGAUGCAGAUGCACAAAUCCUAAUAAUGACCAAUUAUGGGAUGGGAUGGGGUGUAAAUGGGAUGUAAGCGUAACUUUGGGCAACAGAAAUUCUAAUUCAAAUAAUGCAGACGAAAAGGCCCCGUGGACACUUUCAUUGCCCUUUACAGUUCAGUACUACCGGUCACCCUUUGGGUGUCCAAGCUUUUUUGUCAAGGGGCCCCAUUGUCAACUCCCUGUCCCUAUCCCCCAGGUCCUAAAUUGCUUGCCUUUUAUUUGUAUUUAAAUAUAUCACUUUUCACCAAAAGUGAGCAGAACCCGUUGUCUCUUUUCAGCAUCCAUGCAAGGUCUUGUAUUUAUAUUUCCCCACUUCCGGUGUGUGUGCGUGUGUGUGCGUGUGUGUGUGUGUGUGUGUGUGGUCACCGAGUCUCUGUUGAUUAUGAUAGGCAACAAGCAAAGCAACGUCAGAGACGGACGGGCACACCUAGCUGGAGAGAGUGAUCUAGGUUGGAGUACAACAUAAUAUGCUGCCUUGUAGAGAAGCCAACUAGGAAAGAAAAAGAAAUUGAAACUACCGCCAAUAAUUCUGCUGACUGCCACUGGGUGGGAUAUGAAAACUUGGAGGCAUACGAAUCUAUGCUCAAUCAGCAGGAGAUAAGAUGUAGCAUUACAAACCCUAGAGGAAAUAUUUUAUAAAACAAGCACAUAUUUUAAUGAGUAGGAUUUGUUUGGUAUCGAUAAAGCUAUAUGUAGAGACUGUGUUUGCCAAGGUUUUAGGGGGUUUGGUAUAAACGUGUUAUGAGGUGAACAUGUUGCUGAAUGAGUUGUUUAUAUAAAAAUUAUAGAUUUAUUAAAUUUGUUCUCGCUAUUCUCUGUUAACAUUAAACGUAUAUGUGCAAUACUAAAGAUAAGUACAUGGGUUCUUUGAUAAUAAAUACAUUCUAAUAAUGUUAUCCCAUGCCUGUUACAAAUCACUCUGUAUAUAAGAGACACAGUUUGAAAAGCUUAAUCUUUUGCAAUGCUAGAUGUAUUUAUACUAUUUUAAAGGGUGGUCCCAUGUAUAACGGUGAGAGGUCAAAUUAAAUAAAAUGCACACAAUACUUUCUCAAAA